GCCAAUUCGGCAGCUCAUCGUCAGCGGAGGUGCGGGUCCUCACGGCGUCCUCCGCUAUCCUAAGGCUGCUUUUCUGAUCGAUUGCGGCAAAUCAGCUCGUCCUUAUCAGGGCAUGUGCUAUCUUCAACUUUCGGUGGCUGAUUUCCCCGCUACCCACAUGCGGUGGCCUGGUCGCUAGUCGGACAACCGACGCGGAGUAUGGGCAAGUAACUGGCGUUACACGCUACCAAGGUAUAAAUUGGGUCAAUUGCACCCGGCAUUCCCGAUUGUCAUUCAGCCAUUGAGUUCUCCCUCACGAAGUUAACGAUCGGUUAUUACGCAUAAUGUCUUUCCUUCCUUCUGUUGGCAUGCUCGCCCUGGGCGCAAUGCAGCUCAGCUCUGGUGCGCUGGCUACCAUUGACACUUGCUCUUCUGACAGCCCUCUGAGCUGCCAGACCGACAACGAAGCUUCUUGCUGCUUCAACUCUCCUGGAGGCUCCCUUCUCCAGACUCAAUUCUGGGACUACGACCCUUCCGAUGGCCCGAGCGACUCUUGGACCAUCCACGGACUUUGGCCCGAUAACUGCGAUGGCACCUACCAGGAGUACUGCGACGACUCUCGCGAGUACAGCAACAUCACUUCCAUCCUCGAAGCGCAGAAUCGCACCGAGCUCCUGUCCUACAUGAAGGAAUACUGGCCCGACUACGAAGGCGCUGAUGAGGACGAGUCUUUCUGGGAGCACGAAUGGAACAAGCACGGAACUUGCAUCAACACCAUUGAGCCCAGCUGCUACACCGACUACUACGCUCAGGAGGAAGUUGGUGACUUUUUCCAGCAGGUCGUUGACCUCUUCAAGACCUUGGAUUCCUACACCGCUCUUUCCGACGCUGGAAUUACUCCCUCCGAGGAUGCCACCUACAAGCUGAGCGACAUUGAGGAUGCUCUCGCCGCGAUCCACGAUGGCUACCCCCCGUAUGUCGGGUGCGAGGACGGUGCUCUGUCCCAGCUCUACUACUACUUCAACGUCAAGGGCAGCGCCAUCGGCGGCACCUACGUUGCUUCUGAGAGACUCGAGGACUCCAACUGCAAGGACUCUGGCAUCAAGUACCCGCCCAAGUACAGCUCCAGCAAGAAGAUCUAGGUUUGAGUUGCUCGC